AUGGCACCUCCAUUUCGGGCUGAACAAAUCGGAUCUCUCAUGCGGCCCCCAGCGCUUCUAGCAGCCCGUUCUGCCGCUGGGGUGGCAUCUUCGUAUUCGCAAUUGACUGAUGAGUUGCAUAAAGCAACUGAGGAAGCUAUUGGAGAAGUUGUUCUGAAACAACUUGAUCUAAGCAUCCGUCCGAUCACCUCAGGGGAAUAUGAACGCGACAAAUUCUAUUCGGGAUUUUUUGAAACCCUGCAAGGUAUGGAAGUUGUCAAAGACAUUCCAAUAACGGAAGGGUAUCGGACCAAUUUCCCUACCUUGAGGACAUUGAAGACACUUGGGAUCACCACUCGAGAUUCGGUUGUGGCUGUUGAUCGAAUCAGCCACACCCGCUCUGCCUAUUUGUCAGAAUGGAUAGCUUUGCGUAGUCGGCUUCCACAGGAGAAAUGGAAAGAGUGUAAAGUGACGAUGCCACCAAUAACUCAUAGCCAUAUGCAGGUAUAG